AUUUUGCAGAUGAACUAACACGAUGGCAAUAUUUACACAAAUAUUGAGCUAAGCAAAGGAAACCAUCUCGAUAUCAUAUUAAACUACGGGCUUGUUGUAGUAGCUCGUUAAAUCUGUCAAGUGUAGACAUGAGUAAUCGACCAGUACCCGGUAUUACUACGUUAUCAGUCAACGGUAAGAGCAACCGGAAGUGGGAACCUACAGUUGUUCAGCAAGGAUUCAUCGCCUGUCAUGAAAAUGUCUCGUCUUCGGUUCAAAUGCCUCGAAAACAUGCCUACGAAAAAGAUAAAGAUACUGUGCCAUUUACAUCAUCCACGCUGUUUCGGGUCCUCAUCUUUGUCGUCUUAACACUCCAAGCUACUUGCUAUUUCUCUUUGCUUCGCUACUCCAGGACAAGAUCAAACAAAAUGUACUUUACUUCUACGGCAGUCUUUCUUGCAGAAGUUGUGAAACUUUUCACAACAUUAGUGGUGAUCUUUUUUCAGUGUGGAAAUGUAAAAGCAUUUACUUCAUAUCUCAUUGACAACUUGUUUGUGGAUCACAAGGCUACAUUUCGUCUGUCUGUGCCAUCUUUAUUGUAUGUUGUACAAAACAAUCUUGUUUAUAUUGCAAUGACACAUUUGGAAUCAACAACAUUUCAGAUUACUAAUCAGCUAAAAAUCCUUACCACAGCUGUAUUCUCCAUUCUCCUACUCAACAAACAACUUACAAAAAUAAAAUGGAUUUCACUUGUCCUCUUAGCUAUUGGAGUAACAAUGGUUCAGAUUGACACCCACACAUCAGUGGAAGCUGAAAUGUCCACAACUAGUUCUGUAAAGAGCCAACAAUCAGCUUUUCUUGGAUUUACUUCUGUUCUUGCAGCUUCUAUGGUUUCUGGAUUUGCCGGUGUUUACAUGGAAAAAAUCUUCAAAACUGGAAAAAGAAAGCUGUUUUGGAUCUCAAAUGCACAACUGUACACUUUUGGAAUAAUUCUAAGCUUUUUAGGAGUGGCGUACCAAGAUGGAGUAGAAAUAGCUAGAAUGGGCUUCUUUCAUGGGUACGACAUUAUUGUUUGUCUGGUGAUCUUGUUUGCAUCAGCUGGGGGAAUUAUUGUUUCUCUGAUUUUGAAAUAUGCAUCGUGUAUAACAAAAGGAUUUGCCACUUCUUGUGCCAUAGUUCUUUCGAGUUUAGUCUCUGUGUAUGUGUUUUAUUUUAUUCCAGGUGUGUUGUUUAUCUUGGGGGCUGUGUCUGUUAUUGUUUCUGUAUUGUUGUAUAGCUGUUAGAAGCAGCAGCUUUGGAUUUGAUUUUUUUUAAAUGAUG